CUCGCAGGUCUCUAGGAUGCACUCAGAACGCCCACGUCGCUCAUCAGCGGGUUGGCGUCCCAGCUCCGUUCCUGGGAGCAGCAGGUGAUGGCAAGCUGGGCCCCUGCACCACGCGGGAGACGUGGAGGGGGCUCCAGGCUCCUGGCUUUGGCCUGGCCCAGCCCCGGUGCUGUGGGCCUCUGGCGAGGGAACCAGCAGAUGGAAAACGUCUGUCUCUCUGCCUUCCAAACAAAAAUGAAAAAAUAAACAAGCUAAACAAUAAAGAAAAAAAGUAGGUGCCAUACAAAUACCGAACUUCUCUUUGUAUUUAAUAGGGAGAGAGAACAAGAACCCCAAGAAGAGGAGCGUUUGAUGGAAGAAAAGAAAAAGAAAAAGCAGGAAGAAAAGAAGAAGAAAGAAAGUGCUCAGAAAAAGGCUGCUGAUCAAAAAACCAAAGUGCCAGAACCUACUAAGACCUGUUCAAGCCAGCCCCAACCUGCCGGUACCAGCACCAGUACUUCCACCAGCACUGUCUCCAGCAGCAACAAUGGCAAACGUGCGUGUGCCAGCGGCCAGCAGCCAGCUGCAUCCCGCUACCUGCCUCGUGAGGUGCCUCCACGCUUCCGCCAGCAAGAACAGAAGCAGCUGUUAAAGAGGGGCCAGCCAUUACCCACAGGGACUCUGACCAGCGCGAGCCCAGCCCAGGCUGCUGGACCUGCAGGGGCAAGCCCACCUCCCCUCCCUGGAGCCAGUGCUCAGCCGCCUCCCAGUAAGCUCCCAGCAGACCUCGGUCACAGUGGACUGGCGGAUCACUAUGAGAGCUCCCGCUGCGGACAGCAGCCCACUUACCGGAGCGAAGCCGGCUGCAGCUGGGAUAAAGUGAGCCUGGACAGGCCCGACAAGGAGGCGUGGGAGCCGGAGUCUGCGUCAGAAUGCCCUGCGGACGCUGACCCUGCCUGCAGCUGCGCCCCAGAGAACAGUAGCAUGGCCACAGGCAGCGCCCCGGGCAGCUUCCCUGCACACACCAAGAAGACGAACGGCAGUAACGGCACCAGUGGCACGCUCGGGCAAAGCCCUUCUAGCCAGAGUGCCCUGGGAGCAGGGGGAGCCAACGGCGAUGGCGGCGCGGCCAGAGUGUGGGGCGUAGCCACGGGCUCCAGCUCUGGCCUCGCUCACUGCUCUGUCGGUGGUGGGGAUGGGAAGAUGGACAGUAUGAUUGGAGAUGGGAGAAGCCAGAAUUGCUGGAGUGCUGCCAGCGCCAGCGCUGGCAUCAGUCUCAACCUUAAUCCUAACGCCAACCCCGCUGCCUGGCCCGUGCUCGGACACGAAGGAACUGUGGCCACAGGCAGCCCUUCCAGUGUUUGCAGCCCAGUCAGUGCCAUAGGUCAAACCCUGGGCAGCCAGAACGGGAACCCACCAGGCACUUUAGGUGCUUGGGGAAACUUGCUGCCGCAAGAGAGCACAGAGCCACAGCCGCCCACGUCUCAGAACGUGUCCUUGAGCGCACAACCUCAGAACCUUAACACUGAUGGACCAAAUAACACUAACCCCACGAACUCCUCACCAAGCCCUGUCAAUGCAAUGCAGACGAACGGACUGCCAAACUGGGGUGUGGCUGUUGGCCUGGGGGCCAUCAUCCCGCCCCCCCUGCAAGGCCUUCCUGGUGCUAAUGGGGCCUCAGUCUCUCAAGUCGGCGGAGGUGGAGGUGAGGGAGUGAGCAGUGCUGUGUGGGGGCUGUCCCCAGGAAACCCUGCCACAGGGAGUAGCAGCUCUGGGUUCAGUCAGGGCAAUGGAGACACUGUGAACUCGGCGCUAAGCGCUAAGCAAAACGGAUCCAGCAGUGCUGUGCAGAAGGAAGGAAGUGGGGGGAACGCCUGGGAUUCGGGACCCCCCGCUGGUCCUGGACUGCUUGCCUGGGGAAGGGGCAGUGGCAACAGUGGCGUUGGCAAUAUCCAUUCAGGAGCUUGGGGCCACCCCAGUCGAAACGCCUCGAAUGGCGUGAGUGGGGAGUGGGGAAAGACCCCAACCCAGCACGCCGGCAGUGACGUCAGUGGGAAGGGCUCCGCGGGGUGGGAGAGCCCCAUGCAGCCUGGCGGUGAACACGUGAGCUCUUGGGCCAAAGCCGCGUCUUCAGGAACCACGGCAAGUGACGGCAGCAGCGAGGGUUCCGGCGGUCACAGCGAGGGAGGCCCCGGGAGGGAAGGAGCGGAGGGCCGCAGGCGAGACAAGGCGGUCCUGGACCAGGGCCACGUCCAGCUGCCACGGAGCGACCUUGACCCGAGAGUUCUGUCCAACACUGGCUGGGGACAGACUCCGGUGAAGCAGAACACUGCCUGGGAGUUUGCCGAGUCCCCCAGGUGUGAGAGAAAGAGCGACACUGGCACAGAGGCCUGGGGCUGCGCGGCGGCUCGGCCCCCAGACACGGGGGGCAAGAGCGAGGGGCCCAGCGCGGACAGCACGAGUACCUCUGCAGUGUCGGGCUGGGUCAGCUCCCCGCCUGCUGCUGUGCCGGCAACCACGGGCUGGGCGGAGAGCGGCAGCAAGGCGCCGAGCGCCCCGGGGGUCUGGGCAGACGCCGCAGGCUCUGCUGCUGUCAGUAGUGCUGCUGCCGCCAAGAGCGGCCACGCUUGGAGUGGGACCGUGAGUCAGGAGGACAAGUCGCCCACCUGGGCUGAGCCUCCCAAACCCAAAUCCCAAAGCUGGGGAGACGGGCAGAGACCGAGUCCAGCCUGGAGCGCAGGGGCGGGAGACUGGGCAGACUCCGCCUCCGCCCUCGGACACGUGGCAGAGGGCAAGAAAAGUGGGUCUGGAUGGGAUGCUGACAGUAGCAGAGCCGGGGCCGGUUGGGGCGACACCGCGAGGCCCGGGGCCGGUGGCUGGGGCGGUGGCACAAACGCGAAGGGGACUCCCGGCACGAGCUGGGGAGAGUGUCUCAAACCUCCCCAGCAGAGCUGGGCCACCAAACCCCAGGACAGCGGCGUGAGCGGCUGGGGAGGGGCUGCUUCUGCGAAACAGACGGUGACGGGGUGGACGAGGCCGAAGGACAGCAGCGAGGCGACCGGCUGGGAGGAGCCCUCGCCACCGUCCAUUCGACGCAAGAUGGAAAUCGAUGAUGGCACCUCCGCUUGGGGGGACCCGAGCAGCUACAACAACAGAACUGUCAGCAUGUGGGACAGGAACAACCCGGCCGUCCAGAGCAGCGCCACGGCCGCGGCCGGCAGCACCGCCGCGGCCACCACGAGCAGCGCCACGCACAGGGGUGACACGCCACCGCCGCACCAGGCCAGCUCGCAGCUGAACCGAUCGCCGCUGCUGGGGCCAGUUUCGUCGGGCUGGGGCGAGAUGCCCAGCAUCCACUCCAAGGCUGAAAGCUCCUGGGGAGAGCCGCCCUCCCCCUCCACCCUGGUGGACAACGGCACCGCUGCGUGGGGGAAGCCCCCAGGGAGCGGCAGCGGGUGGGGGGACCAUGCUGCUGAGCCCGCUGUGACGUUCGGAAGAGCCGGCGCCCCCGCUGCCGCCCCAGCCCUGUGCAAACCAGCUUCCAAAUCUAUGCAAGAAUGCUGGGGCAGUGGGGGGGACGACGUCAGCGUCGGUGCCAGCCAGUGGGAGGACGAAGAGGGCGACGUGUGGAACAACGCUGCUUCCCAGGACAGCGUCUCCUCCAGCAGCUCCUGGGGCAGUGCCUCCAAGAAAGGACUUCAGAAGGCCAUGAAGACCUCUGCCAAGCAGGACGAGGCCUGGGUCGUGAGCCGGCUGAUCAAACAGCUCACCGACAUGGGCUUCCCGAGAGAGCCAGCUGAAGAGGCCUUGAGGAGUAACAACAUGAACCUCGACCAGGCCAUGAGCGCUCUACUGGAAAAGAAGGUGGACGUGGACAAGCGUGGCCUGGGAGUGACUGACUACAAUGGGAUGGUCCCAAAAGCCCUCGGCUGCCGCCCACCCAUCUCCAAAGAGUCUUCCGUGGACCGUGCCACCUUUCUGGACAAGGAUGGCGGCCUCGUGGAAGAGCCCACGACUUCACCGUUUUUGCCUUCCCCAAGCCUGAAGCUCCCCCUGGCAAACAGUGCACUCCCCGGUCAGGCCCUGGGUGGGGUUGCCUCAGGGCUGGGCAUGCAAAACUUGAAUUCUUCUAGACAGAUACCGAGCGGCAAUCUGGGUGUGUUUGGCAACAGCGGAACAGCACAAGCCAGGACCGUGCAGCAGCCGCCACAGCCACCAGUGCAGCCUCUGAACCCCUCCCAGCCCAGUCUCCGUGCUCAAGUGCCUCAGUUUCUAUCCCCUCAGGUUCAAGCACAGCUUUUGCAGUUUGCAGCAAAAACCAUUGGUCUCAACCCUGCACUACUAACCUCGCCAGUUAGCCCUCAGCACAUGACGAUGCUGAGCCAGCUCUAUCAGCUGCAGCUGGCAUACCAACGUUUACAGAUCCAGCAGCAGAUGCUACAAGCCCAGCGCAAUGUUUCCGGACCCAUGCGACAGCAGGAGCAGCAAGUUGCGCGCACAAUCACUAAUCUGCAGCAGCAGAUCCAGCAGCACCAGCGCCAGCUGGCCCAGGCCCUGCUCAUGAAGCAGCCGCCAGCACCGCCGCCGCCCCUGUCUCUGCACCCCUCUGCAGGCAAGCCGGCCAUGGACAGCUUCCCCCCCCACCCCCAGGCUCCCGGCCUACCCGACCUGCAGACCAAAGAGCAGCAGUCUUCGCCCAACACCUUCGCUUCUUACCCUCUCGCUGCACUGGCCCCGAACAUGAGCGUGGGCAGCAUGGACGUGGCCAGCGGCUUGUCGGUGAAGGACCCGUCCCAGUCGCAGUCACGCCUCCCUCAGUGGACACACCCCAGCUCCAUGGAGAACUUGACGGGUGCCGCUUCUCCUCUGGAUCAGAACCCGAGCAAACACGGUGCUAUCCCUGGAGGUCUAAGCAUUGGGCCUCCGGGUAAGUCCUCCAUUGACGACUCUUACGGCCGGUACGAUUUAAUCCCAAACAGUGAGUCGCCAGCCAGCCCGCCUGUAGCUGUUCCCCACAGCUGGUCGCGCGCCAAAUCCGAUAGUGAUAAAAUUUCCAACGGCUCCAGCGUCAGCUGGCCCCCAGAGUUCCACCCCGGCGUGCCCUGGAAGGGGCUUCAGAACAUCGACCCCGAGAGCGACCCCGACGUCACCCCCGGCAGCGUGCCCAGCGGGCCGAGCAUCAACACCACCAUCCAGGACGUCAACCGCUACCUCCUCAAGAGUGGAGGGUCCUCCCCGCCAUCAGCGCAGAACGCCAGGCUGCCCUCGAGUGCCUGGCCGCUCAGAGCCGGCUCCGGCCGCCGGGGCUCUGUCGGCAGCUCUGCACCGCCCCCUAGUGUUGCCGGUAAACUGUCGGACAUCAAAUCGACGUGGUCCUCCGGCCCGGCCUCCCACGCGCAAGCCUCCCUGUCCCACGAGCUGUGGAAGGUGCCCAGGAACACCGCGGCACCCACGAGGCCGCCUCCUGGCUUAGCCAAUCCCAAGCCUUCCUCCACCUGGGGCGCCAGCCCCCUGGGCUGGACGAGCUCCUACUCGGGUUCCGCGUGGAGCACCGAUGCCUCCGGAAGAGCAAGCAGCUGGCUCGUCCUGCGCAACCUCACACCCCAGAUCGACGGCUCCACUCUGCGGACGCUGUGCCUGCAGCACGGGCCUCUCGUCACCUUCCACUUGAACCUGACCCAGGGCAACGCUGUGGUCCGCUACAGCUCCAAGGAGGAAGCCGCCAAGGCCCAGAAGUCUCUGCACAUGUGUGUGCUGGGAAACACGACCAUCUUGGCGGAGUUCGCGGGCGAAGACGAAGUGAACCGGUUCCUAGCCCAGGGCCAGGCUCUGCCGCCCACCUCCGGCUGGCAACCCAGCGGCGGGGGAGGCCAGGCGCGCCUGGGCACCGCCCCCUGGAGCGCCCCGUGCCUGGGCGCCAAGGGGAGCAGCGAGCUGCUCUGGGGCGGCCUGUGGGGCCCGCCCAGCGCCGACGAUGCCAGGGUGGUCGGCAGCCCCACCCCGCUGAACACGCUGCUGCCCGGGGACCUGCUCAGCGGGGAGUCGAUGUAGGCGCCGCGGCCGGCGGCCCUCUGAGUACCUCUGUCCAGUACUGAGACGACCCUGCGCGCAGCCCUCGGACUGUCCCCGGGCCGCCGCGGGCUGCACCUGCUCCCGACAGGACGCUCCUCAUAGCUUUGGUUUGGUGUCGUCUUGCGUUUGUAUGGUGUGUUGUCAUUUGGUUUUUAAGUAUAAAGCUGCUUAGAAUAGUUGUAUCAUGAAGGGCACUUUCCAGACCGCGGGCCGGGGGCCGGGCCGGGGCGGGGGCCGCGCACCCGGAGGAGCCUGCGGGCUCCGGCACCUGGCGGCGCCGCCCGCCCCGCCCGCCCCGCCCGCCUAUGCACAUUACCCUCCUCUCAUUACUUUUUCAUGGCAUUUUUUUUUAAUCCCAAAAAAAUAUUUUUUAAAAGUUAAAAAAAAAGACAUAUCAAACAUGCAAAUACUUGAAUCCAGCAGGCCAAUAAGGAAAUGUGAACUUUGUAAGUCUGGUCCUAGCUCCCAGGUCGACAUCAGUACAAACAGGCUCUAGGAAAACUCCUGCGUUCAUAGCCUCCGUGUGCGUGCGAGGCCGCGUGUGCGUGCGAGUGCGUGUGUGUGUGUGUGCGCGUGUGCGAGGGUGGACCGCCUCCCCGUGUUCAGUAUCUGCUUUGUGUCGGCAUCGGUCGAUCGGCUCUGGCUUUGCACUGAGUGUCCCCGCCCGCGCAGCGGUCCGGACAGGGCCGGCGACCAGUCACGUGUACAUGUUUACUCAAGGACUGUGUUCGCGGUGCGCCCGGCGCGUCCCGCCUGGAGCAGCCUCCGUGCGUGCGUGCGUGCGUGCGUGCGGACUGAUGCGGGAGUGGCCGCCGGCACCGCACCGACUCCUCUGAGUGACGUCGGAGACCCGGCGCUGGCGGUAGCCCCCGGGCCCCGCCUGUUUACAGACCUUUUUUUUCCUCCUCAGACUUUAAAAUUUAAAAAUUUUUAAAAGGAAUUUAACAAAAAAAAAAAAAAAAAAAGAAAGAAAGAAAAGAAAAAGAAAAAAAAAAGACUUCGGUCACAAAGACCCGUUCCGGGAGCGCGGCGCCGGACUCCGGGUGGACAGCGCUGUCCCCGCGCCGUGGACUCCGGGCGCCGCCCCGCGCGGCCUUGCACACGGCGCAGGUGCUCUCAGGAAAGCCAGGGCUCCGGGCAGCCGCGCCGCCUCACGGAUUUCUACACCGACUCCUAGCACUGAAGAUAUUAUUUAAAAAAACAAAAAAGAAAAAAAAAACACACAAAGAAGAAAAAUACCUAAUCUCUAAUGUGUAGCAGUUACAUAUUUACCAAAUAAUGGACUCGAGAGAAAUAGAUGUUUGAAGAGUGCUUUAUAUUAAAAUCGCUUUAUGUUUUACAUGACCAAUGUCCUGAUUGUUUUGCAAGGACCGAGGAGUGACACGAACGCUGGGCCCUCCUGCUUGAGCGGGGAACUCGUGCGUUACGUUUUUCCUAAUUAGCUUUUUAAUGGUUUUAUCAAAACAAAACAAAAAGGAAAAAAAAAAAAAACCAACUGCAAGGUUGCAGAUCCACAAAAGCUGGUGUCACAGAGGAUCCCGAACUACGCACAAGCCGGGCUCAGGACGCCGCGGAGCCGCCGCCGCGCCGUGCGCGUGACGCGCGUGCCCCUGCCCGUGGGUCAGGAGCGCGUGCGCACCGUGUGUGAUGCGCGUACACCCGCACACGUGGGGCAGGUAGGCGCGCGCCGUGCGCGCGAUGCACGCACUCCGCCUAUGUGGGUCAGGUCCGCGCGCGCACUGUGUGUGACGCGCGCACUCCCGCAUGUGUGGGUCCUGCGCGCGCGCCCAGACGCACGGCUCGCGCUGCCACUCGGCUCCGAGCUAUGGAAAACUCUGGAUGUUUUGUUCCCGGGGCUGGUCGUGAGGACUGUGCGUCUCUCGGUUUUGUUUUUUUGUGUUUGUUUUGGGACCUUUUGUUUUGAACUGAAGAUGUCGGUAACUCCGUGGCCCCGAAUGUCCCCGUCACAGAGCGCGCGAAGGCCCCCGGCCGCAGCGGGCGCGCGGCCGGGUCUUAAUAAAUUGGUUUUUUCUUGGCUGUUCA